AUGCUGACCGCGUUCACAAGGUUCGGAGUCUUACUCCUCUUCAUAUCCUCCUUGCUUCUUCUCCUAGUCACCAUCUCGUCGCCCAUCAUCAACGAUCUCGGUCUCCUCCGCGUUGAGCUCGGCAACAGCAGCAAAACGCAAGACUACAUCGUCACCUUCGGGACCUUCGGCCAUUGCACCUCAAACGCGCUUCCAAAUGGCCACGAUAUCUGCACCGGCCGCCAUAUUGGCUACGAGCCCGCCGCACUGAUGUCCCGCGUGGACAAUUUUGGCAUCGACUCCUUGUCCGGCGGCACUUCCGAUGCGCUCACACGAGUGAUGGUCCUGCAUCCGAUAGUGUGCGGUAUCACAUUCAUCGCCUUUCUGGUGUCCAUCGGCGCCGGAGUUGUUGGCUCUUUGGCUGGUGCAUUCACAGCUUUCGUGGCAUGGGUCCUGACCAUCAUUGUAAUGGCGACGGACUUCACGCUGUUCGGUGUCGUGCGGCAUCAUGUCAACGAGGACAGCUCGAGGAGCAAGGCUUACUUCGGCUCGGCGAUCUGGAUGCUCGUGGCGGCUUUCCUGCUAUUGGGUCUUGCGAUGUGCAUUCUGCUGUUCACUUGCUGCGUGUCAAGGAGGCAGAAGAAGAAAGAUGCCGAGGCCAUGAAGGAGGCAAAAGCGACGACACCCAAGCGGAAGAAGAGAUUCGGCCUAUUCUAG